AUGGCGUUCACGUAAGGAAUUGCAGAACAAAAUUUGAAAAACAAAAACUACUGUAUUUAGACCGUAUUACAGUAACUCAUUCCGUCCAUCUCAUUUUGAAUCAAUUGGCAAAGCAAUGUUACGUGCUCGUCAAAACAAUGAUACUAGCAAAUGUGAUCUUCGACUUGUUCUUCGUAAUCAACAACAAGAAUUAGUUCACUCAUGUGUAGUUUUGGGACAUUCUGAAACACUUUCUUUACAUCUCGAAAAUCGUCGUCCACCAUAUGCACCAAUUAAUUUGACAUCUUUGGAUAAUAAUGCAGUACAUUAUGUUAUCGAUUGGAUGUAUUCUGGAAAAUCGAAUUUUCCAUUAGAAGAUCUGAAAAAUGUAUUGAAUGUUGCUUAUAAGUUGAAAGUAUUUGGAUUGCAAAGAGAAUUAGAGCAAAAACUUCAAGAAUUGGCUUUGAGUGACAAUUUAAUUUUUGCGAUAAAUACUGCAACUGCUGAUUCAUUCACAGUUUCGAAUGCAACUCUCAAAAAUUUGGCUCUAACUCUUCUUCAAAAACUUGACUCGCUUUAUCGCGAUGAUAUUUCUGAAUUGAGUUAUAAUUCAAUUCUUGCAAUUAUGUCAACUCAUAUUCCAGCUAAUAAAAAGAUUCCAUUGAUAAAUUUAGCGAUUGAAUGGAUAAAAAUCAAGAAUGCUGAUUCGAAUGCAAAAGAAACAGUUUGUAAAAGUAUUGUUUUCAAUGACAAAGAUGAAGAUACUCAUUUUGUUGUUCAGCAACAACUUAUUACUGUACGUUUUUCCUGAUUCUGAAAUAUGUUUUCAUUUGAGGUUUUUAGGAACUCCACAAUAAUAAUUUCGAAGUUCGUUUGGUUGAACAUCAAAAUGGUAGAAUAUUAUUACAAACAAAGAACAGUUUUCCUCCGAAAAGUUAUAAGUUUAUUGUGAGAACCAAUCGAGCUGAUAGAAGAAGACGACUGCAUCUAACACGUUCACAAUUAGAAAAUGUUGUUGAUCCAUUCAAGUUAGUUUACUUUAAAAAUAGGGAGGAUCAACUUGUUUCGAGGAUUAAUAUGUUUUUUCUUUACAGUCCUCAUUAUUCUCUUUCACGUCCUGAACCAGCCGAACCAAUAGCUCCUUCUUGGCAAAAUCGUUCAAAUCGUCGCAAUUUAUUGAUUGUUUCAAAUUCGGAUACCAACAUAAAUCGUAGAACAAACAGCGAUUACAGUACUUUUGAAUCUUCAAGAAGUAGCUUAUCAGCGGCAUCUUUGAAACCUCGUGUUUUUCCAACUCAUUCACAAAUUGAAGAUUUGAAUCGUAUUCCAGAUGUCUUUGAGUAAGUGUUUUCACUGUAAAUGCGAAAUAAAUUGACAGCAAUAUCUAAAUUUACAGAGGAAAUCAAUAUCAAAAUCAAUUGGGAAAUGUUCCAGUUCAACAAUCUCGUUCAAUGGUUGAUCAGAUUGCUGCGAUUCCAAAUCCUUUUGGUUUGGAUAGUAGUGCACGCACAAGACCACGACAAAAUUUGGAUCUUACUUCAUCAAAUUCAAAUACUGAUCAAUUUGCGAGACGUGCUGAACGAGCUGAACUUUUGCUGAACAAUGCGGAUCAUGAAUUUUUGGAUCAACUUCCAAAUCCUUUUCAGUAAGUGCUAUAAUUUUGGGAACAUUUUAAAAUGAGCAAGAACAACAAAAUGUUGCUGAAACUACAUAGUUUUUUGUCAACUGAUUCAAAUAUUCUUUGUUAAAAAUAAAAAAUUAUGUUGCAGAUCAUCUCAACCGAGACAAAUUCGAAGAGCAAAUUCGGAUAUAUCAAACUUAAAUGCGAUUUCUGAUCCAUUUCAAACUUCAAGAAGAGAAAGCAAAAGUUCUUCGAAGAAAAAAGGAAAAAGAUUGACUCAAAGCCAAACCCAUUUUAUGAAAAAUUCUGAUGAUCCAUUUGACAAAACUGAAUCAUCUUCAAGUUCAAGAACUGCGCUUUCCAGUCACUCCUCCAAAAGCAACAAAGAAUUUAAUGCUCGUAAAGGUGAGAAGAAAAUUAUAUGGAUGACUUCGCUUUUUAUUUUUCAGAUCCAGUAGUAAUGAAACCAAUCAAUCAAGUCAAAUCACCCAAUUCCAAUGGAAAUCUUGAUAAUUCGAUGAGAUCUCCACGUGUACAACAUCAUAGAAAAGGAUUGGUUAUCAAAUCUCAACAUCUUUAUCCACAUUGA